AUGAAGAAGGUACCACAGGAGUCCAACAACAAUGUGUUUGUCGCAACGUGUCGAAUGACACUGUUUUUGCUUCGAAUACCUCCUAAGAAUUUUGAGACUUUCAUCAUUGAUCACUUUCGCGAGAGAGGAAAUAUGAUACUAGGAGCGUGUAGGGCGUAUGCGAGUGGGCACAUCUUAGUUGGACAUUACUCUAAUGGGUCGUGUUCAUUGUCGUCCUUUCCGGUUUCAGUUCACAAAGUUUCCAGAAAUUUCAAGCAGUUGUUGGAGCAGCUGUACCCACUACUCAUUGAGGAAUUUAGAAUGAUUGGACUGAAUGGGGAAUUUAGAACGAUCGGGGCUUGUAAUGUGGUCGAGCACUCCAUCCCGCUCAAAGCCAAGAAACCUAAUUCUUGGAAGAUUUCCAUCAAGGUUUUCAACAAAUUGGGAAAGAUCUUAGGAUUGAAGAAGGGGAACAAGAAGAAGAAUGUCGACACUUGUGCCUCGGAUUUGAGUACUAUACAGUCAAGUUGA